UAUGCAUUAGACUUUCAUAUCAUUUCUAAGAUGGUUCAUGAUUUUCUUGCAAUUCCUAGGACAUUAGUGGUGGUUGAGUGUCUUUUUUCAAGUUCUUAUCAUGUUUGUGCUAAUACUCACUCUUCACUAAAGGCAGAGACAAUCUCUAAACUUAUGCUUCCAAAAAAA